ACUCAAUCAAAACCCUCUUCCAACUGUGCCAAUCCCACCACCGAGUUCACUCAUCGACUCCUCCACCAACUCAAAGAUUGUCAAGUCCAAUGGCGAUACCUCCAAGUUUUGCCUCCUCCUUUAUCCACACCGAGGGGGGUCUAGCAACAAGUCUCUGGAAAAAGUUUCGUAAAGAAUCAUUGUUCUCUCUUUACUCGCCUUUUGCUGUUUCUUUGGCUUCUGGGACUCUCAAGAUCGACACCUUUCGUCAUUGUAUUGCCCAGGAUGUUCACUUUCUCAAAGCCUUUGCUCAAGCGUAUGAAUUGGCAGAAAACUUUGCAGAUGAUGAUGAUGGAAAGUCAGCAAUCUCUGAGUUAAGGGAAGGUGUCUUGAAGCAGCUAAAAAAGCACAAUUCUUUUGUACAAGAGUGGGGUUCUGACUGUGUUAAAGAAAGCCCUGUCAAUUCUGCAACAUUAAAGUACACGGAAUUCUUACUGGCAACAGCUUCUGGGAAGAUUGAAGGACUAACAGAUCUAGGAGCACUUGCUACUCCGUUUGAGAAAACAAAAAUUGCAGCUUACACUCUAGGGGUCAUGACACCUUGCAUGAGGCUGUAUGCCUUUUUGGGUAGGGAGUUUCGGGCACUUCUAAAACCCAAUGAGCGUGAUCACCCAUACAAAAAGUGGAUUGAGAAUUAUUCUUCUGAAAGUUUUGAGGCAUCAGCUCAGCAGACUGAAGAUGCGCUGGAUAAACUUAGUGUCUCUUUGACAGGCGAGGAACUAAACAUCAUUGAGAAGCUUUAUCACCAAGCCAUGAAACUUGAAAUAGAAUUCUUCUACGCACAGCCACUUACUCAGCCCACUGUUGUUCCUCUGACUAAGGAGCAUGACCUCACACAAGAUCAUCUAAUGAUAUUCUCUGAUUUUGAUCUUACUUGCACAGUUAUUGAUUCAUCCGCCAUGUUGGCAGAGAUAGCAAUAAUAACAGCCCCCACAUCUGAUCAGAGUGAACUGGAAGGUCAAAUUGCUAGGAUGUCAUCUGCCGACCUGAGGAAUACCUGGGAUCUGCUUUCCACGCAAUACACAGAAGAGUAUGAACAAUGCAUAAAAAGCAUUUUGCCCUCUGAGAAAGCGGAGUUCAACUAUGAAGCUCUGCAUAAAGCUCUUGAGCAAGUCUCCGACUUUGAGAAAAGGGCAAAUUCUAGAGUGAUUGAGUCAGGGGUACUUAAGGGUCUAAAACUUGAAGACAUUAAACGCGCUGGUGAACUAAUGAUUCUUCAAGAUGGUUGCAUUGGUUUCUUUCAGAAAAUUGUAAAGAAUGAAAAUCUUAAUGCCAAUAUCCAUGUGAUUUCUUAUUGUUGGUGUGGUGAUCUCAUCAGGGCAGCUUUUUCUUCGGGGGGUUUAGAUGUUCUCAACAUCCAUACAAAUGAGUUCAAUUUCGAAGAAUCGGUAUCCACAGGUGAAAUUGUUACGAAGGUGCAAUCUCCCAUUGACAAGAUUCAAGCUUUCAAUGAUAUCUUACAAGACUGUAGCAAUGACAGAAAUAUCCUGACGGUUUACAUUGGAGACACAGUAGGUGAUUUGCUUUGUCUGCUGAAAGCAGAUAUUGGUAUUGUGAUUGACUGUAGUUCAAGCCUAAGGAGACUUGGGCGUCGGUAUGGUGUUUCUUUUGUCCCAUUGCUGCCUGCCCUGGUUGAGAAACAGAAGCAAUAUGCUGAAGGAAGCUCUUGUAUUUGGAAAGGGAAAUCUGGAAUUCUUUACACUGUCACUAGUUGGGCUGAUAUUAAUGCCUUCUUUUUGGGGUGGUAGAAUCUUUUCUUUUUCUUUGUUUUUUUCCCACCCAUCAUCUUCAUGUUAGUUAGGACAGAUGAAGCAAUCAUUUGUACAGAGAAGGAUUUACAAUGAGGGCAGCAUUCAUUUGUACAGAGAAGGAUUUACAAUGGGGGCAGCAAUCCAAAAAAAAAACUGUUUGAUAGUAUUGGGCUGCCUCCAUUGAAAUCUAAAAGGAAAAAAAUUUUUUUUUGACAAAUUGUGUAAUUACCACAAGUUUAAUUGAAGUUUUGAUUUUG